GUCCGACAGCCAUGUCUCGCCGGAAGGCCGGCGCGGCUCCGGGACGGCAAGCUGUCCUGAGCCGGUUCUUCCAGUCUGCCGGAAGCCUGAAGUCCACUUCGUGCCCCACCGACGUCACCGCGGAGGCCGCCCCUGACCCCGCAGCGUCCCCAGCGUCCACUGGCCCGCCUCGGGGGCGGCCGCCGGUGCUGGGCUCGGGGCGGGGCUCGCAGACUGUGGAAACUGACAGAAGGAAAAGGAGACCCUGGGAAAAUGAUGGGCCCAUUAAAAAGAAAGCAAAGAAAGUCCAAGAGAAGGAAGGAGGAAGUGUCUCGGUAAUGUCGGACCAUCCUGAGCCAAAGAAAUGUCUGAGGACCAGACUUGUUUUAAAGUCUUUGGAAAAAUUGAAAGAAUUCUGCUGUGAUUCUGCUGUUCCUCAAACUAGAGUCCAGACAGAACCUUUUCAAGAGACAUUAGCAGUUCUGCCAAAAUGCACUGAUUUUGAGGACAUCACUCUACAGCGUGCAAGGAAUGCAGUUUCUUCUGAAGCUAUCAAAUCUCAAGACGACAGUCAAUGUGGACUGUUACAUAGGAGUCAUGAUCUACAGACAACUUCAUCUUCUAAGCUGUGUAACAAACGAGCCCAAAGCAUUUAUACACCAUUAGAACUACAGUUCAUAGAGCUGAAGGAACAGCAUAGAGAUGCGAUUCUGUGUGUGGAAUGUGGAUAUAAGUACAGAUUCUUUGGAGAAGAUGCAGAGAUUGCUGCCCGGGAACUCAAUAUUUAUUGCCACUUGGAUCACAAUUUCAUGACAGCAAGUAUACCUACUCAUAGAUUGUUUGUUCAUGUACGCCGACUUGUGGCCAAAGGGUAUAAGGUGGGAGUUGUGAAGCAGAUGGAAACUGCAGCUCUCAAGGCCAUUGGAGACAACAAAAGUUCACUCUUUGCCCGGAAGCUGACUGCUCUUUAUACAAAAUCCACACUCAUUGGAGAAGAUGUUAAUCCCCUAAUCAAGCUGGAUGAUGCUGUAAAUGUUGAUGCGAUAAUGACUGAUACUUCUAAUUACCUUCUGUGUGUCUAUGAAGAUAAGGACAACAUUAAGGAUAAAAAGAAGGGGAAUGUUUUUAUUGGCAUUGUGGGAGUGCAGCCUGCCACGGGAGAGGUUGUGCUUGACAGUUUCCAGGACUGUGCCUCCCGCUCCGAGCUGGAGACGCGCAUCUCCAGCCUGCAGCCUGUGGAGCUGCUGCUGCCCUCAGACUUGUCCGAGCAAACAGAGGUACUUAUCCAGAGGGUCACAGCUGUGAGUAUGCGGGAUGACAGAAUUCGAGUGGAAAGGAUGGAUAACAUGUACUUUGAAUAUAGCCAUGCUUUCCAGGUGGUUACAGACUUUUAUGCCAAAGAUGUAGCUGACAUCAAAGACUCUCAGAGUUUCUCUAGUAUCAUCAACUCAAAGAAGCCUGUGGUCUGCUCCUUGGCUGCCAUCAUAAGAUACCUCAAAGAAUUUAACCUGGAGAAGAUGCUGUCUAAACCCGAGAAUUUUAAACAGCUGUCAAAUGAAAUGGAAUUUAUGACAAUUAAUGGAACAACAUUAAGGAAUCUGGAAAUCCUACAGAAUCAGACUGAUAUGAAAACCAGAGGAAGUUUAUUUUGGGUUUUAGACCACACUAAAACUUCAUUUGGGAGACGGAAGUUGAAGAAGUGGGUUACACAGCCACUGCUUAAAUUAAGGGAAAUAAAUUCCCGACUUGAUGCUGUAUCUGAAGUUCUCCAUUCAGAAUCAAGUGUGCUUGGCCAAAUAGAAAAUCAUCUACAUAAAUUACCUGAUGUAGAGAGAGGACUUGGUAGCAUUUAUCACAAAAAAUGUUCUACCCAAGAGUUCUUCUUGAUUGUCAGAAGCCUGUGUCACCUGAAGUCAGAAUUUCAAGCAUUAAUGCCUGCUGUUAAUUCCCACAUUCAGUCAGACUUGCUCCGAACACUCAUUUUAGAAAUUCCUGAACUUCUCAGUCCAACGGAACAUUACUUAAAGAUCCUUAAUGAGCAAGCUGCCAAAAUUGGAGAUAAAACUGAAUUAUUCAAAGACCUUUCUGACUUCCCUUUGAUAAAAAAGAGGAAAGAUGAAAUUCAAGAAGUCAUUGACAAUAUCCAAAUACAUUUACAAGAAAUACGAAAAAUACUAAAACUUCCUUCCAUACAAUAUGUGACAGUAUCUGGACAAGAGUUUAUGAUUGAAGUGAAGAGCUCUGCUGUAGGGUGUAUACCUUCAGACUGGGUUAAAGUUGGAAGCACAAAAGCUGUGAGCCGCUUUCAUUCUCCUUUUAUUGUGGAAAAUUAUAGACAUCUGAAUCAGCUCCGGGAGCAGCUCGUCCUUGACUGCAAUGCUGAAUGGCUUGAAUUUCUAGAGAACUUCCGUGAACAUUACCACACUCUGUGUAAAGCAGUAAGUCACCUAGCAACCAUUGACUGCAUUUUCUCUUUGGCCAAGGUCGCUAAGCAAGGAGAUUACUGUAGGCCAAUUCUGGAAGAAGAAAAGAAAAUUAUUAUAAAGAAUGGAAGACAUCCCAUGAUUGAUGUGUUGCUGGGAGAACAGGAUCAGUAUGUGCCCAAUAGUACAAGCUUAUCAGACUCUGAGAGAGUGAUGAUCAUCACUGGACCAAACAUGGGCGGGAAGAGCUCCUACAUAAAGCAGGUCGCGCUGAUCACUGUCAUGGCUCAGAUCGGCUCCUACGUUCCUGCAGAAGAAGCAACACUUGGGAUUGUGGAUGGUAUUUUCACAAGGAUGGGUGCUGCAGACAAUAUUUAUAAAGGACAGAGCACAUUUAUGGAGGAGCUGACCGACACUGCAGAAAUAAUCAGGAAAGCAACGUCGCGGUCCUUAGUUAUCUUGGAUGAGCUGGGAAGAGGCACGAGCACCCACGAUGGGAUCGCCAUUGCUUAUGCUACGCUUGAGCACUUUAUUAGAGAUGUGAAAUCUUUAACCCUGUUUGUCACCCAUUAUCCACCAGUUUGUGAACUAGAAAACAGGUACUCUCAACAAGCCAGGAAUUACCACAUGGGAUUCUUGGUCAGUACGGAUGAAAGCCAGCAGGAUCCAGGGGCAGGAGAACAAGUGCCUGACUCUGUCACGUUUCUCUAUCAAAUAACCAGAGGAGUUGCUGCCCGGAGUUACGGGCUCAAUGUGGCAAAGCUCGCAGAAGUUCCUGUGGAAAUCUUAAAGAAAGCAGCUCACAAGUCAAAGGAGCUGGAAGGAUUGGUAAAUUUGAAAAGGAAAAGGCUAACGUAUUUUGCGAAGUUAUGGACGGCACACGCUGCGAGCGAUCUGCAAGAGUGGACAGAUGAGUUUGAAAUGGAGGAAAUACAGACUUCUCUUUCGGAUUAAAAUGAAAACUACAUUUUUUAGACAGAAAAUGGGGGGGGGGAGGAUUACCAACAUGUAAAAUAACUUUCUAGUAACAGCCUAUCUUUGUGUGAUAUGUGAGCAAAAAUAAUUAUGACUGCAGUUUCUUCCUUUGGGAAACCGUGUUCUUCCUCAGAGUGUUUUUUGGGUUUGUGUCUUCCUACUUGGAAAAUACAAACCUUUUUGAAUUCUAAGAGUUCUACUAUGCAGUUAGAAAAAUUUCCUGGUGUAAGAUUCAUGUAAAAAUCAGAAUCUACUCAAUAAAACCUAACAUGGUAGAACACUAUGCAUGUCCAGUUGGAGGGAAAUACUCAAUGUUUAAUUCACAUUUUUACUUGUUUCAGUUCAGACAAUUAGCAGCAGGGUAGACCUAACAGGAAUCUACUUUCUGUUUGAACUAAAGUAAUUUUGUAAUGCCACUAUUUUAUUCACCAUGGGCAGGGAAAUUUUUUAUAAGAAAUAGAAUCAUUACAUUUUUAGAAAGUAGAGUGCAGGAGGAAUAAUGUCAUAUGAAAUUUGAAGAAUCAAGUGCUGUCAUUGUUUUAAGCCAUUUAAAAUUUGUUAGAAUGAAAUCAUCGUGUCAUUCAUGCAGAUAAUAAAUGUGCAGUGAAUACUUGCUCUCAAUUUUA